AUGGCUCCAUCGGCGGAACACAAUGACGACUCCUCAACCGUCGAGUCUCAAAGAUCAACUCCGACUCCAUUUAUCACCAAGACGUACCAGAUCGUUGAUGAUCACACCAUCGACGACGUCGUUUCCUGGAAUGAUACCGGAACAUCCUUCGUCGUUUGGGAUCCUACCGUUUUCGCCAGGGAUUUGCUUCCUAAAUAUUUCAAGCACAAUAAUUUCUCCAGCUUCGUCCGUCAACUCAAUACUUAUGGAUUUAAAAAAGUUGUGUCUGAUCGGUGGGAAUUCUCUAACGAAUGCUUUCGAAGAGGCGAGAAACGCCUUCUAUAUGAAAUUCAGCGACGGAAAAUCGUUUCAAAAUCGAAGCCGGCAGUUACCAAUGCCGGUGCAACUGCGACAGUAGCGGUGUCGUCUCCUUUGCAUUCGGUUUCAAUUCCGCCUACAAAGUCGAUCGCGUCGCCGUCAAUUUCGGGAGAGGAGCAGGUGAUUUCUUCUGAUUCGUCGCCGUUUAAUCAGGCCGCGCUAAUAGAAGAGAAUGAAAGGCUGAGAAAGGAGAACAUGCAGUUAAGGACGGAAAUAGUGGACAUGAAAUCUCUCUUCAGUAACAUUUUUAAUCUUAUGUCUAAUUAUGGCAAAUUUCAAGCGGAAAGUGGUGCACAAGGAAAAGAGUGUUGCUCCACGGCAACGAAGACGCUCCAUCCAUUGCCGGAGAAGCACCGGCGAAGAUGCGGGCCGGAGAAGCGGUGCGAUGGCGAAGAUGCGGCGGAGAUUGUGGUGGAGGAUAACUGCCCGAAGCUGUUUGGAGUGGCGAUAGGAACGAAGCGAGCGAGAGAAGAGGGAAGGGGUGAUGAAGAUAAUACGAUGUUGAGCCUGCGUCAACCAGUUCACGUGGACUGGAAAUCAGAGUCGUUAGAUUUACAGAACGGCGUAAAGAGGAAAACGAUGUGGCUAAACAAGUGGUUCAGAGGGAAUCAGAGUGUGUGCAAUUGA